GAAAUCGCAAAGUCAAAAGUAAAUCGGCCCUCAUGAGCCAGUACUUUCUUCUCCAGACCGAAAACUACGACCCACUAGUGUCACUAGUCGAGAGUCUCGCGGCGAGAUUGAGCGAUAAUGACGAGGUAAUUGCGCGGUUGCUCAAAGUCACGGACUCGCUACGUCUACCACGAACUGUCGGCGACGUUUCUACCGACUCGCACCCCCAGGACGAGCUCCGAUAUCACUUAGACACAAAAUACAAGCUCAGUGAUAUCCAGGCACCCGAUUACGACGACGUAGCCAACGUACAAAUCCGCCAGUUGCUUCGGGACAACUAUAGGCUCCUCAAAAUCAAAAAACAAAAUGAUACUGUUAAUGAGUACAUUUUCAAGACGCUCCUCCAAUACCAACGGUUUGUCACCACCGAGUUGAUACCAAUGCUCCGUCUUGACUUCGAACACAGCGUGCAACAGAGCCACCGCGAUCUCCGGCGAGUGCUCCACGCGAAGCUCCAAGUAGAUGCGAGCCUCUGGGCCAAAUACCAGGAGUAUUUACAGUUUUUGCAACGGCUUUUCGACAUGUUUGAAGAGCUCACGCAAAUGCUCACCCAGCUCGACGACGAGAGGGUACUACUAGUGGAAGCCAAACUUGAAGCCAUUCGGCAGCUCAUGUAGGUCAUAGCUAUGGUACAUAAAUUAAUUAGGGGUGGAUAAAGUUCAAAUGAUUAUUAAUGCUCAGUUAUCUUCUUCUUUUACUUGAGUGGUAACUUUCGUCUUCUCAACCUCUCCAUUCUGAAACUUGUCGUUGUCGGGUGACAAUAGGCUGGUGAUGGUGGGCUUUUUUGACGUAUCGUCGUCGUUGAGCACGCCCCUAAGCCAGCUUUUGGUUGAAUCUUUUAUGGGUGCAAUGUCAAGGCCCCUGGUGGGCGUAGUUCCCGCCGUGGAAACAUCAUCCUGAGGAAUGCUGUUCAUAGAGUGAGCACUACGAUGAAGCAGCGGGUGAGGUAUAUGCUGCACCGGAGGUAGUACGAGGGAGCCAGUACCAUUGGUGGGGGGGUUGCCCGGUGGGAACAGAAAUGUCUGGGGCCGAUGGGCCUGGAGAGGCUGCAGCCGCAGCGGGUGGCCAGGCUGGU